GAGCUUUCUCAACUAAUCUCUCUCUACUCACUCCCCCCAGUCCAUUGAGCACGUAUCCCGUUCUCAAUUUGACUUCCAAAAUGUUCGCACGUCAAGCCUUCCGCUGCUCUCAGUCCCUGAAGCAGGGCUUCCGCAAGUACUCCACGGAGGCGCCCAAGGGCAAGUCCUCGCUGGCCCCUAUCUAUGUCGGUGUCGGUCUUGCCGGUGUCGGUGUUGGAUUGUACCGCUACAACUCUGCCACCGCCGAAGCUCCCGUUGUCCGCGAGAAGGUCUUCAAGGGUGGUGACCAGGGAUGGUUCGACCUGAAGUUGUCCGAGAUCGAGGUUCUGAACCACAACACCAAGCGCCUGCGCUUUGAAUUUGAGGACAAGGACGCUGUCUCUGGUCUCCAGGUUGCCUCUGCUCUGUUGACCAAGUUCAAGCCCGCCGAUGCGAAGCCUGUCAUCCGCCCUUACACUCCUACCAGCGAUGAGGAGACCCCCGGAUACAUCGACCUCGUCGUCAAGGUUUACCCCAACGGACCCAUGUCCGAGCACCUGCACAGCAUGAACGUCGGCCAGCGCCUGGACUUCAAGGGCCCCAUCGUCAAGUACCCCUGGGAGGCCAACAAGCACAAGCACAUCACCCUGAUCGCGGGUGGCACCGGUAUCACUCCCAUGUACCAGCUGGCCCGUGAGAUCUUCAAGAACCCCGAGGAUAAGACCAAGGUCACGCUCGUCUUCGGCAACGUCACCGAGGGCGACAUCCUCCUGAAGAAGGAGUUCGAGGAGCUGGAGAACACCUACCCCCAGCGCUUCAAGGCCUUCUACGUCCUGGACAAGCCCCCCAAGGAGUGGACCGGCGGCAGCGGCCACAUCAACAAGGAGCUCCUGAAGACCGUCCUCCCCGAGCCCAAGGAGGAGAACAUCAAGAUCUUCGUCUGCGGUCCCCCCGGCAUGUACAAGGCCAUCAGCGGCACCAAAAAGAGCCCCGCCGACCAGGGCGAGCUGUCCGGUAUCCUGCAGGAGCUGGGAUACAGCAAGGACCAGGUGUUCAAGUUCUAAGCGAGGUUGUAUAUGAUACUGUGAAGCUUUUGUUUUCGGCGGUGCAAUUAGAAUACACAUCCUUGUUAUAUUAGAGACUUGGAUCUAGCGAGCAGUGGAAUUCCCUGCGAAGUAGCGCGAAAUGAUAUACAUAGCUUUGGC